AUGGUUAGGAUUACAAUACAAAAAUUUUGUUCGUGUCUUGAAUUAUGGAAGGGUUGUGUAUUGGCCGGAAUAUUCUCAAUGGCAACAAGCAUAUUUGACUUAUUAUGGAGUAUCGCUCAUAUGUUGGAGGAAAAUAAUAUUUUAGUAUUUUAUCUAUUGUUUACUUUGGGUAUUCAAAGUGUGCUAUUCAUUAUCGCUUCCGGGCUUUUAUUUGUAGGACUUGUCAAAAAAGCCAAAUGGUUAUUACUUCCGUGGAUUGUUUUAGCCAUUAUUGAUAUACUCAUCAAUUUUCUCAUAUCAUUUAUGGAGCUAACUAUAACUAGUCGGACAUAUGGUUCGCCGUGUAUUAUACCGGUUGCCGGACUGGCCGUAACCAUAAUGGUUUGCGCCGUUUUGUUAUAUUGCUUAUUAUGUGUUUUCGCACAAUUUUUAAUAUACAAUGGAAAGAAUAUUGUCAAUUUGGAUGAUACAAGUGAUGAGCCGCCAAUUGAAAACAAUAAUGUACUGUCACUGCCGCAAGUGGCCACACCACGGGAUGCCUGGUAAAUGGGUUGGUUGGUUGGCUACCGGUGCUCUCUUAAUUAAAAAAAAAAUUGGUCCAGUAGGAACUGUCUAGUUAAAAUGAUUAUAUAAAAAA